AUGGCUUCUACCCGGCGCCACAGGUCGUCAACUGGGGCCUCGAGGGGCUUGAACUCCGACGAAAGGGAGUCUAGGCCAGCGUUGCUUGUUCGGGAACUGCUUCUCGUGGAUGGAGAGAGCACAGAAGUUGCUUGCGACCGAGUCUUGAAAGCUACUUCUGAUCUCAAGCGUGAGAUACGUGCAGACCCAUCCGCCAAGGAUACCUUUCGCCAUGCCAAAGGAUUCGAGUCUGUCCUCGAGCUUCUUCGAAAGGAUCUAAUGCCUGUCACGGAGGGCUUGGAACGGCAUGGAGAAAUGUUGGCGGCCGCACUCGGCACACUGCCUUACGUUCUUGACGACCAUCGCGGCAAUGAGCGCUACUUGCUAGCUCACCUCGACGGUUGGAACCUGUUACAGCAACGCAUAGAAGGUCUUGGAUCAAGCGUGCUUCAGCAGAGCGAGUCCAGCGCUGCUGCCUCUUUCUUUGGACACCUGGUGUCCGGUCUGCAAGAAGCUGCCACGGGCCAAGAGCCGGCGAGGUUACUGCAGCAUGUGAAUGCAGACUCCAAGGAGGCCGACGCAGUGGCGAGUCGCCCUCAAACGGCAGUCACUGGAGUCAUUCGAUACCCAGAGGCUACUGCUACAUGCUUACGCCUUACCCUAUUGAUCAUCCGCAGCAAGGCAGUGGUGGACGACGAACUUCAACGCAAGAUCUUGCAUUGCUGGAGUGUCAUACUUCAGCUGAUCGAGUCAAGCUCACGCAACAGGACAGGCAUCCUCUCCGAGCUCCUCUCCGCACUAUUCGACCCCGACAAUGAAUCACCCUACAAAGAGGCCCUCGAGAAGCUAUGUGCUUCGCUAGCAGGUAUCGGCUUGCCGCAACUUGACGACGUGGCAUUGCUGUUCAAGCGUGCUUGUGAUUCUGAUACUGUUCGCUCGCUCACACUCGACACUUUACGUGCAUCCAAAGGCCCUGCUUUCAUCCAAUUCGAUCUAAGCUAUUGCGGCUACGCAUCAAUCGAGCUUCCAAGCCUACCGCGAGCAUUCCCGCCAACUGUCGGCUACACUCUGACGGCAUGGAUUCGCAUCGACAAUUUUGACUCGAGCUGCCACACAACGCUGUUCGGCGCGUUUGACAAUAGCCAGACAUGCUUCAUACUAAUGUAUCUGGAGAAAGACAGCCAUCAAUUGAUUCUACAAACGUCGGUACGGUCUUCCCGACCAAGCGUGCGCUUCAAGUCAACAAAGUUCUUGUCGAACAAAGGCUACCAUAUCGCCCUCGUGCACCGGAAGAACACGAGCGAUCCAAAGCAAAGCGCAACCAUGCUCUUCGUCGACGGCGAGUUUGCGGAGCAGGUUAAAUGUGCCUACCCGGAAGCUCCACCCGAACAGGAUGACAAGCGAGCUACGGCCUCGCCAGCAACGGCAUCAGCACCGACGUCAGGACGCCAUACCAAGCCAGUACAAGCGUUCUUCGGCACUCCUCACGACCUUGGGCUGAAAUUUGGCCGUAACGAAGUCCACUCACAAUGGUCACUCUGCGGAGCACAUCUCUACGCCUCGCCACUCACGGACGAGUUCAUUGCGGUUCACCACCGCCUGGGACCACGGUACACUGGCAACAUGCAGGACUGUCUGGGACCACUUCUUACCUACAGGGCAUCGGCAGAGCUGAACAGAUACAACGAGCUGCUACAUCCUGACAAGUCCGACACGUCUGAUAUCGUCCGCGCCACCGAAGAACGUGGAAGCGAAGUCAUGCCCGAGAGUCGGCUACUGAUUAGCAUUUCACCCACUGCGAUCGUCAACUUUGAUAGCCCAAACGACACGCAGCUGGUGAUCACGAACGGACUUGACCGCAAGGCUUUGCCUCGCUAUCAGCUUCUCGCGUCCAAGUGCAAGUCCGCAGCCAUCAAUGCUGCAGUUCCUACGCUUAACGAGGCGAUCGGACGGUCGUAUGGUACUGGCGUCCUUACCGGCGAACCUGUCGUAGUGGUGCCAAAGGCUCUGGAUGACGCCAGCUGGUGUCUCACAGGGUCUUUGCCGGUACUGGUACGGCUUCUCGAAUCUGCAUCCACGAAGACAGCCUUCCUCCAGUCUGUUCAGAUCUUCUUUGAGUGCAUCAAGGACAACUGGCGCAUCAGCGAGGCAAUGGAGAAGGGAAGCGGUUUCGGCAUCCUCGCAGGCUUGAUCAGGGAGAAGCUGGGCUUUGAAUCAGGCGCACCAGCUGCAACCACCAGGAAAUCUGCUGGCAUGCUUAGCCUCGAAGACCGACAAAAUAUGCCGAUUGAGCUUUUGCAGCUCGUGCUGGACUUUGUUGGAUACGACGCUACGCGGCAGGAAAACUCCAUGAUCGUCAAUCCAAUGGCCUACCGUGUGCUACUCGUUGACUUCGAUACUUGGCGACGUUGCGACGUUGAGACACAAAAGCUGUACUAUGAGCAAUUCGUGCACUUCGUUACGCAGAACCGGCACUCAGCUUUCAACUUGAAGCGGCUGGUCCGAAUGCGAGCCGUCCGAAAGUUCAUCGAAGCCAUGAAGGCCGAGGAGUUUGUCUCAGAAGCCAUUGAGCCGCUCAUGCAGGCGCUCAAAGCUCUGCUGCAGAACAAUACUGCAACGCAGGUCUAUCGCGAUCUGGCCAUGUUCGUCGCAUAUGGUCUACAGGAUGAGCGGGCGAUGGCUGCAAAACCUUUGCGAAGCAUGGCCAGUGCAGUAGGUCUAAGGCAAAAGGCAGCUACCUGGGCCAGAACCAUCCGCGGCUCGCGGCCGUCUACUUCUGCUGGCGGACAAGCGCCCCAGACGGGUGUCAGCAGAGCUAAGCUUGCGAUCCACGUCCUCGAGCUGCUGAGUGAUAUUGUCUCAGACGACAGCAAUAUGCAGGCUUUACGAAGGUUCAACAAGGCUGUACCGAAUCGAUGGCUGCUGCAUCUUCUGGCGGAGACGGAUGUUCGGGUCAUUGAGCUGAUAACGCACAUUCUGUGUCGCUCGAUUGCUGUUCUAGGACACGAGUUCAAGAGUGCUCUCGUGGACAGGAACGGUGGGUUCGUCACACUGAAGAGCCGGCUCAAGACGUUCUGGAGGUCGCCUCGGGUCUGGACGACGUGCUUCGCGAUCCUGUUUGGACGCAGCACACCGGCUUUAGGUCAUCCGGUCAAGGACUUCACCUUGUUCGGGCUGGUCGCAGCCUUCUCUGUGGAUGAUAAGCUCGUUGUCGUAAAUCCUGAGAUCCUUUCUGCGAUCAUGGCGAUGCUGGAAAGCGGGCUGCGGCACAUCGUGAAACAUGACGAGCCAGAACAAGCGGAUGUGAACGUUCUCAAGACAGUCAUCCAGUUCCUUUCCGAGCUCUACAACCGGAGCGCUGGAUUCCGCGACUUCGCUGCUGGCUCUCGCUACGUACAAGACAUUCUGUUCGUUCUCUAUCCGGUACUCGUCGGCUCAGAUCGCUUGUCAGCAGAGACAGAACUGCAAGCAGAGAAAGACACGCUCUCCUUUAAAGGUGAGGAGGUCGAGAUGCGUCCUCACUCAAACUCGCUCGGCGAGCGCCCGCCUUCAGUACGCAGUCUCAACAUGGAUAGCGAGGCACGCACACCUUCACCACGAACACAGCUGCGAGUUGAGGCGCCGAAGCGGCUGUCGUCUUUCGUCCUCGUUAACAACGAUGUCUCCAAGACGCCUACUUCGCCUGCUCAAUUUAGCGCUGUCAUGGCUCCUCAGAAAGCGGAUCCUGUCAAGAUCAACAUCGGCAACUCGCUUGUUGAGUCUUUGCUCGAGGUCGCUGUGAACCUGUUCUUGGACCUCAUCUGCAAUAAGGAUAAAUUCAAUGGCAUUGGGCUGUUCUUGAAGGUGCCGUCUGGAUUCCGAGAACAUCAGGCUUACUUCGAGUCGUACAUCUUGGUGCAUACGCUCACGCAGCUGUGGAACCAUUUACAGCUCAACCAGAGUCUACUGGUACAGACGAGAGUGCUUUCGAACUUAUCGAGGUACAGCCAGCACAUGUCCGAAGCCGUGUUCGAGGGUUGGUUCAUCGAUGGCGCUCAGCCGUUGCUGGACUUCACAGGCAAGAUACUGGAGUAUCUGCAGCAGCCGGACGUUGCCAGUGUAAAGACUGUCCGACUCUGCAGCCAGCACAUCAACACGAUCAGGAUUGUCUUCCUUCGAGUAUGUCUCUGGAGGCUCGCCGAGCUGGAUGAGUUGGCAAAUCAAAUGGAAGCGACGGAGUUUUUGAAUAAGAUGAACUACUGGCAAACGAUCUUGUUCUCUUCCGACAAUCAGGAGACGCUUUUCAUUCGGCUGAUAUGCUUCCUGCUGUAUAUGAAGCUGGUGUCAACCGUGCAUGCAGUUCGACUCGCGUCAGCGCGGCUUUGGCGGACGAUCCUAAUGCAGAAGCCUACGGAGACGGCAACUCUGCUAACCUAUGCUAUGGGCACCGAGCAACGUCACCUGUCCACAGGCUUUAUGAAGCUAGUCUCGAUGGAGGACGAAGAGUUCAUCGCCUGGGUUGACGCCAAUCGUGCGAAUCUGGAUAUGGUCUUCAUUGAAGCCUUGAACAAACCGUGGGACGACUUCGUACUCGAUGAGAAUAGGCGAACCGAGGAGUCCGCAAAGAACAGACUCAGCAAGAGGCGAGAGAAGCUGCGAGCAUGGCAAAUAGAAGAGGCGAGUGCAGAUGACUUCAUGCACCGAUAUGAGAUCUCGACAAAUCACUGGCGCCCGAACGUUCAUGCGCAGGAGCGGGUCAAGCUGCAGCGGGCUAUUCAGGAUCAUCAAGAGAACGUCUCACAUCUGCUUACAGUGUUCUCGGGCAUCGAGAAAUUGGCCAAGCAACCUGCGGGCAUUGAUCCAGCGACCGAUGAGUCUAAGUGGCAACUCGAUGAGACUGAAGCAGUGAACCGUAUGCGCAUGCGGACGGUGAGGGACACCAACGAUCAGGCCCAAGCUUUCCAGCCGAAACGAAAAGUCUCGGAUCGGCUGGCGAUCAAUACGCAGGUCAACAAGGCGGCGAUGAGUGACAAUAUCAUGUCUUCAGUGCCAUCAACCCCGAUACCUGCGUCUGCAGAUGAGACAAACGAUGUCAUUGGACGGGACAGGUCCCAUAGCGAGUCGAUGUCUGGAUCACAGCUUCUGGAGGGUGGCUUUGAGAUGGUGGAAGAUCCAAAGGAAGCUGAGGAUGGCAUGAUUGAGGACAAGAACCGGAAAGUCAUGACGAGUCUGCAGCGGGGCGAUAUGGUGCAGCAGCUGUACAACAUCUCGCGCAUCGUUGGUCUGGAGGCUUGCGAAGGCUUGCUGGUGGUUGGGAAGAACUGCCUUUACUUGCAAGAUAAUUUCUUCCAGAGGUCUGACGGAGAGAUUGUCAGUGUCUCGCAGGCGCCGGACGACGAACGAGAUCCUUAUGUACAACUGAUAUCAGGUAAAGACGUUGGAUCGCAGCGGACGAAGCACAGUAUUGGCGACCAAGAGACUCGACACUGGACGUGGUCGGAGGUUCUGAGCAUCUCGAAGCGCCGCUUCCUGCAUCGCGAUGUGUCGAUCGAGGUGUUCUUCACUGACGGGCGGAGCUACCUGCUGACUUGUAUCUCGAGUAAGAUCCGUGACGAGCUUUACAGUGCCGUGGUGAUGCGAGCACCGCACGUACACAGCACAGCUGUUCUCGCGGGUGAAGAUGCCUGGCGUCUCGACACCCUACGAAAUCCUGAGGAAGGUCCGCAGUCAUUCGGUUCGAAGUUUGCGAGUGUCUUCAACUCGGCGCCUUCUCAUACAGCGACCAAAAAGUGGAUCAAGGGCGAGAUGUCCAACUUCCAGUACCUCAUGCUGGUGAACACAAUGGCUGGCAGGACCUUCAACGAUCUGACGCAGUAUCCGGUCUUCCCAUGGGUCCUUGCAGACUACGACAGCGAAGAGCUUGAUCUUGACAACCCGAAGACUUUCCGCGACUUCUCGAAGCCAAUGGGUUGUCAGACUGCAGCAAGAGAACGAGAGUACCGCGAACGGUACAAGCAGUUCGCUGAGAUGGGCGACGAAAAUGCUCCGCCUUUCCACUACGGCACGCAUUACUCCUCAGCCAUGAUUGUCUCGUCAUACCUGAUCCGGCUGCAGCCGUUCGUCCAGUCUUACCUCUUGCUGCAGGGAGGCAACUUCGACCACGCUGAUCGCCUCUUCGACUCCAUCGGCAAAGCGUGGCUGUCGGCUUCCAGAGACAACAUGGGCGACGUCAGAGAAUUGACGCCAGAGUUCUUCUACCUACCUGAGUUCCUAUUAAAUGUCAACAGGUACGAUUUUGGCGUCAAGCAGGCCGCGGGCGAAGUCGUGAACCAUGUCAAGCUGCCACCGUGGGCCAAAGGCGACCCUCACAUCUUCGUCACGAGGCAUCGGGAAGCUCUGGAGAGCUCGUACGUCAGCGAACACCUGCAUCAAUGGAUCGACCUUGUGUUUGGCUAUGAACAGCGUGGUGAGGCAGCUGUGCAGGCAGCGAAUUGCUUCCAGCCGCUAUCGUAUCAAGGGGCCAAGGACCUUGACAGUAUUGACGAUCCUGUCGAACGACUAGCAAGCAUUGGCAUCAUCCAUUCUUUUGGCCAGACACCUCACCAGAUCUUCCAGAAGCCACAUCCAGCGCGAGAGCGUGACCAUUCCUCAACUCCUCGGCUUGACAUCCUUGCUGCUUCGUUGGUAAAGCUACCGGAGCCGUUGUUCGAAAGCGAUGAAAAGGUGGCCGGUCUGACCUUUUCGUCGACGCACGAGAGGCUGUUGUGCGCUGGCCCAUGUCAGCUGAAUAUGCUGCCGAACUGUGAUCGCUACGUGCAAUGGGAUUUUGCGGACAAUAGCAUCCGCUUCUUGUCCUCGAACUCGAAGCGCCAGCUCGGUCUGUUCGAGAAUACGCACGUUGGCCCUAUCACGACCGCAACGUUUGUCGACAGCAAGACUCUGGUCACGGCAGGCGCAGACUGCACCAUUGGCAUCUGGGGCAUCAGCACGUCCCGAGACAGCGGCCGCGAUCGUGUCGAGAUGCAGAUGAAGACAUAUCUGUUCGGUCAUCGGGCGCCAGUCGUGAAGUUGGCGGCUAGUCGAGUCUUCAGCACAUUACUAUCAGCCUCUUCGGACGGACAUAUCCUUGUCUGGGGCCUCAACCGCUACCAAUGCAUUCGAGUCCUGCAGGCCGCUGGCGAACCGCCAAUCCAAGCCGCCCGUAUCAGCAAUGUCAAUGGGCAUAUACUGCUUUGUCAAGGCGACCACAUCCUGCUGUACACGCUCAACGGCCACCUCCUUCUGAAGCAACGAGUUUGCGACUCUCCCCAAGACCGUCUGACAUGCUGCGCUUUCUACGAAGGCGCCGGCAACGAAUGGCUCGAGCGCGAAAUCAUCUUCACCGGCCACGCCCACGGGGUCGCGAACGUGUGGGCCCUGAUGACGCUGGGUGACGGGGCGUGGUAUUUGCAGCUGGUAAAGCGGAUGAACCAUACGGAUUUGAGUCGGGAGGAUGGUGGGAAUGGAGCAGCGGCUAUCACGGCUAUCUUACCCAUGGCGCAGGCGGUGUAUGCUGGAGAUGGAGACGGACGGAUUUGGGAAUGGGAUUGUGUGCCGAGGGGUGGGAGUAAGGGUAGAUGA